AUGUUUUUCUUCCUUAUAUUCCUUUGUUUAAAAUUAGUAACAUCUCAAUUCUUUGAAGCGGAAUCGCCUUGGCAGUUUGCAGGAUUCGCUGCUGUCAACAUACCAGCUACUGAGACCAAUGAGAUCAAUCCAUAUUUCUCUCAAUAUUCUCAAUUACAACAACAACUACAGUUACAACAACUCCAAUCUUCCAAUCGAUUUGAACAACAACAGCAACAUCUCCAGCAGCAAUCACUCAUCUCAUCCCCGCAUAACUCUCCACUCUUUCCCAAUGCGAUACCCAUUCCAAAACGUGAGACAGGAAAUUCUUUGAAUUCUUUGAAAACUGAAAGUGUUGGAAAUGAAAAAGAACGGCAACAAGGAGAACUUCCAGACUUUUCGAGGAGUGGCACUACCUUGGAACAUGCUACUUACUUGAGCUUGAUCAAUGACAAAGAGAAUUUUCAGGCGUCUGGGUGUGGUUGGGACCUAAUCCGACUGCAGUGUCAUGAUUUAUUUGGCUUGUGUAAAGGAGGAUGUCGGGAUUUCGCAAUCGCCAUCAACUCUCCUAUCCAUGACUGCAGAUGCAUCCCAUUUGGAUAUUUGGCGUUGGUGAAGCUGGCCGGACGAUGA